AUGAUCAUCAUGGAACGUCGCAAGCAUGGCGCCGUCCCUCCAAGUGCCACGUGGCACAGCCUCAUUGCAGCGAUCGGGUUGGUCGGCCUUCUCUUUGUAAGGCAAGCGGAGGGGGGCGUUUCGGGGCAGCCCAUGUGUGACUACCAGCCUGGAGCAGGAAUGGGGAACACCUUUAUUUUGUCGAGAAUGUCGGUGCCCUUCGCAAAGGACGACUCACUGGGGGAGUUCUACGUGGAUGAGGGACGCCGCCUCAUGUUCACCACGUGGAACAACGGGGUGUACAUGUUCCCGCUGUCACUGGACGGGAGUUACCUGCCCACGUUCCUGUGCCCCCAGAAGAAGCUGCAAACGCUGAACUAUGCCAACGGGAACCUCAUGCUGAUUCCCUUGGCUCUGGACACGUCUCGGGGCAUCCUCUUUGCGCCGAGCGAAACAGGCGGCUCAAGUUCCAAGCCGAUUUGGUAUGCCAUUGAGUACACAGUCAGCCCCGUCCGCAUCACGACGAUGACGCACACGUCCGGGACUUUCGCGGGCACCGGCGCGGGCGCGCCGCGCUCGCUCGACUACGACUCGGUGAAGAAGCGGCUCAUCACCGCCGUCAAGGGCGCCCCCAUCAUUCUGCUAGACGUGACGUCACUAAGCACGACCCCGGGCACAACCGUAGUGGGCAUGACGCCCGGUACGAACGGGCUGCAGGGGUUGGAUUGGACCGGCGCCGGGCUUGACGUCACCAACCGGUGGGGCCACUUUGUCGGGCAGCAGUACCAGGCGUCGUCCAGCACGUGGAACAUGGGGGUGUCGACAAAGGUGAACCUAGACAAUAUUCACCUGAGCAGUGCUUGGACCACCCCCUCAUAUUUUAGCAACUUGAAUAAGGCCUAUUACUACCGCUUCCAAGUGGGCGUAAUUCCCAAUUCCAGCGUCUACUGGACGGGGCGUCACACCGACACUACCAGCUUCACCAUAAGCGCCGGCGGUAUGAAAUCGUUAGGCUGGCUGAUGCGGCGCGACUACUCAAGCGUGACGGCCUCAUGGCAGCUCACCGGCGUGACGGAUAAGAUAAAUGGCUUUGGACUCGACCCCGCGACCCAGCAAGUGUACAUGGGCACCUCGCAGCAGCUGAAUACGACUUACCUGGUGCCGUACAGCCGCAUCUACAACACGGAUACGGACUCCCAAUGGCGCAUGAACGCCAAAUACGGACCGUUCAGCCGGGACCAAGUCAACGGCAACUACGGCCAGCUGAUAGGCUCCCUUUGGUUCAGCAACCAGACCGACAUCGGCAUCGCGUGGCACUCGAGCAUCUCCAACCCCGGGGGGGUCGACUUAGUCGCCUUCCGGCGCUACUCCUGCUGGAACGCCUCCACCCCCUGCGCGAGCAUUUCCGGGGGCUACUGUUCUUGCCGAGUGCCCAACACGCCCUAUUUACUCUCGUACUACCAACCGGUGCAGCUGUAUUCUUGCAUCGGGGGAGCGCAGGCGAACAACACAGCCAACCCCCCGGCGUACCCCACCUGCGAGUGGACGCCCUUCCACCCCC